AUGACGACCAUGCCCAAAGGCUAUGCUCGGGUCCAGGCUUCUCUGCUUCUCUUCCUGCAUCCAAUCCAGACCGGUGCUGGGUUGGCACCCAACUCGGUAGAUAAUGCGGGGCUGCUCUCUUUCACCACAUUUUCCUGGUUCAUGCUGGUGAUGAAAAAAAGCUACUGGCAAAAGCUGAUUGUGGACACCCUGCCCCAACUGUCAACAUACGACUCAUCUGACCACAAUGAAAAGAGAUUUCGAGUCCUUUGGGAUGAAAGGAUAGGUACUGAGAAGGCCUCUCUGGGCCAUAUGGUCUGGAAAUUCCAGAGGACUCGCUCGUUGAUGAACAUCAUGGCCAUCAUCACGUGCAUCAUCAUGGAAACCACAGGGCGACCAGUUUUCAUUCACAAAAUCCUCCAGGUGACUGAGAGAACAUCUGGAAAAGUCUGGGUUGUCAGUGGCCUGUGUAUAGCCCUUGCGGCCACCAAGUUUACCAAAGGCUGCUCAGCUUUUGCCUAGGCCAUCAACUACCGCACAGCCGUCCAGUUGGAGGUGGUGCUCUCCACCCUGGUUUUCGAAAACCUGGUGUCCCUCAAGACAUUGACAGCCAUCUCUGUUGGUGAGGUGCUCAAUAUACUGUCAAGCAAUAGCUAUUCCUCAUUUGAAGCUGCCUUGUUUUGCCUCUUGUCAGCAGCCAUCCUGAUGCUAAUGGCCUUUUGUGCGUAUGCCUUUUUCAUUCCGGGGCCCACGGCUCUCACCGCAAUAUCCAUGUAUGUCCUGUGCAUAGUUAUUCAGAUGUUUAUGGCCAAGCUCAAUUCAGCUUUCCGAAGUUCAGCAAUUUUGGUGACAGACAAGUGAGUUCAGACAAUGAAUGAGUUUCUGACCAGCAUCAAGCUCAUCAAAAUGUAUGCCUGGGAGAAAUCUUUUACCAGCACUAUCCAAGAUAUAAAAAGAAGGGAAAGAAAAUUACUGGAAAAAGCUGUAUUUGUCCAAAGCGGAAAUGCCCUGGCUCCCUUCAUGUCCUCCAUAGCCAUCGUGCUGACAUUCUCCUGCCACAUCCUCCGGAGAUGCAAGCUCAUCGCACCAGUGGCAUUUAGUAUGAUUGCCAUGUUUAAUAUAAUAAAGUUUGCCAUUGAAAUUUUGCCUUCCUCAGUAAAAGCAAUGGCUGAAGCCCAUGUCUCUCUAAGGAGAAUGAAGAAAAUUCUCAUAGAUGAAAGCCCUCCAUCUUACAUCACCCAACCAGAAGACCCAGAUCCCGUCUUGCUUUUAGCAAAUGCCACCUUGACAUGGGAACAUGAAGCCAGCAGGAAAAGUGACCCGAAGAAAGUGCAGAACCUGAAGAGGCAUUUAUUCAAGAAACAGUGGUCGGAAACAUUCAGUGAGUGGAGUCCACCAGCCAAAGGAGCCACUGGCCCAGAGGAGCAAAGUGGCAUCCCCAAAUUGGUUCUGCACGUAAGCUUUGUGGUGAGAAAGGGGAAGAUCUUGGGAAUAUGUGGGAAUGUGGGAAGUGGAAAGAGCUCUCUCCUUGCAGCUGUCCUAGGUCAGAUGCACCUGCGCAAAGGGGUGGUGGCAGUCAAUGGAACUUUGGCCUACGUUACACAGCAGGCAUGGAUCUUUCAUAGAAAUGUGAGAAAAAAAACAUACUAUUUGGAGAAACUUUGUACUCAGAGGUAUCAGCACAUAGUCUGUGUCUGCAGCCUCCAGAAGGACCUGAGCAGCCUCCCCUAUGGAGACGUGACCUAGAUUGGGGAGUGGGGCCUCAAUUUCCCUAGGGAGCAGAGGCAGUGGAUUAGCCUGGCCCACACUGUCUACUCUGACCAUCAGCUCUACCUACUGGAUGACCCCCUGUAGGCCGUGGAUGCCCACUUCGGGAAGCAUGUCUUUGAGGAGUGCAUUAAGAAGAUGCUCAGGGGGAAGAUGGUCGUCUUGGUGACCCACCAGCUGCAGUUCUUAGAGUCCUGCGAUGAAGUUACUUUGUUAGAAGAUGGAGAUAUUUGUGAAAUGGGAAGCCACAAGGAGUUAAUGGAGGAGAGAGGGCAUUAUGCAGAACUGAUUCACGACCUGCGAGGAUUGCAGCUCAAGGAUCCUGAACACCUUCAUAAUGAAGCAAAGGUGGAAGCCUUCAAGGAACCUGCCGAGAGAGAGGAAGAUGCUGGUAUGAUCGUUUUGGCUAUAUGAAAUGAGAAAGAUGAAGGAAAAGAAUCUGAAACAGGCUCAGAAUUUGUAGACACCACAGUUCCUGCGCACCAGCUCAUCCAGACUGAAUCCCCCUAGGAAGGAACUGUCACCUGGAAAACAUGUGACAAAUACAUUAAGGCUUCUGGAGGGCACCUCCGUUCUCUCGUCACUGUGUUCCUCUUCCUCCUGAUGAUCGGCAGCUCUGUGUUCACAUUGCUCCUAGUCUCUGGAGGCGCAGUGAGCUUUGGGGAUGUCUGCCCGGCUACCACCUGGUUUCUGUGCUUUGUUGUUCCCACUGACUGUGCUGAACUCACAAGUCAGGUGAUCUGUGGGCCCCAGGGCAACAUGACCAUGUGUGAGAUUGGUGCAGUGCUGGCAGGCAUCAGGCAGCAUGUGUCAUGGGUGUACGCUGCAAGCAUGGUGUCCGUGCUGGUGUUUGGUGACACCAAAGGCUUUACCUUCACUAAGUUCACACUGAUGGCAUUCUUCUCACUGUAUGACAUGGUGUUUGGUAAGAUCUUGAAGAUCCCACUGAGCUUCUUUGACAUGACUCCUACUGGCAGGGUAACGAACCGUUUUUCCAAGGAUAUGGACGAGCUGGAUGUGGGGCUGCCAUUUCACGCAGAGGACUUUCUACAGCAGUUUUCUAUGGUGGUGUUUAUUCUCAUAGUGUUGGCUGCUGUGUUACCUAAUUUCCUUAUAGUUGUGGUGAUUUUGUUACAGGGUUUCACCAUAUUGGUCAGCAUUUUCCACAGAGGAGUCCAAAACCUCAAGAAGGUGGAGAAAGUCAGCUGGUCACCCUGGUUCUCCCAUAUCUCCUCCUCCAUGGAGGGCCUGGGCAUCAUUCACGCCUAUGGCAAGAAGGAGAACUAUAGCACCAAGUGAGUCCCAUGUAACUCCUGUCACCUCUUCUGCUUCAACUGUACUCACCGGUGGUUAGUGCUAAGAAUGGAUGUCCUCAUCAACAUCCUCACCUUCACUGUGGUCUUGAUCGUGACCCUGAAUUUCUCCUCCCUCACUGCUUCAUCCAAAGGCCUGUUAUUGUUAUACAUCAUUGAGCUGAAUGGACUGCUCCAAGUGUGCGUGCAAAUAGGAACACAGACCCUAGACAAAUUCACCUCUGUGGAGCUGAUCAGGGAAUACAUUUCGACCUGUGUUCCUGAAUGCACUUAUCCCCUCAAAGUGGAGACCUGUUCCAAGGACUGGCCCAGAGGGGAGAUUAUAUAUAAAGACUAUCAGAUGAGAUGCAGAGACAGCAUGCUUGUUCUUGACAGCCUGAACUUGAACAUACAAAGUGGGCAGACAGUCGGGAUUGUUGGAAGAACAGGUUCCAGGAAGUCAUCGUUAGGAAUGGCCUUAUUUCAUCUGGUGGAGCCAGCCAGUGGCACAAUCUUCAUUGAUGUGGUGGAUAUCUGUACUGUCAGCGUGGAGGACCUCAGAACCAAGCUGACUGUGAUCCCACAGGAUUCUGUCGUGUUUUUAGGCACUGCAAGGUCCAACUUGGAUCCCUUUGAGAUUCACACCGAGAUGCUCUGGCAGGUUCUGGAGAGAUUGUUCAUGAGAGACACAAUAAUGAAACUCCCAGAAAAAUGAUAGGCAGAAGUCGCAGAAAAUGGAGAAAACUUCUCAGUAGGGGAAUGUUGGCUGCUUUGCGUGGCCUGAGCUCUUCUUCAUAAUUCCAAGCUAAUUACCCACUGCCUCAACUCGGUUCUCAACUGCGAUCACAUCCUGGAAAAUGGGAAGGUGAUUGAGUUUGACAAGCCUAAAAUCCUUACAGAGAAGCCAGAUUCUGCAUUUGCGAUGUUACUAGCAGCAGAAGAUAUUGCAGGGGUCCUGGAGGCAGAUUCUAGAGGAGGAAGAGGCUGUGAGAUGAGUAGGAGGGGUCUUCAGGAGGAGCAGCUGUUCCCUCUGCAGCCCUUGUCUCCAGCCCCUCCCACCCACAGAGUGAGCUGGAGCCAAAGUUGUCCCCACUGCCCUACUCGGUCCGUGCCGCCUCACCCAACUUGGUGGGCUUGGGGUUGGUUUUGGGUGGUGAACCGAGGCAGACAAACUAAUGAAUUAACAAACUACCCUUAACCUCCCUAAGCCCCAAGGGUCCCUCAUGUGUUUUCACCAAAACCACCCCAGUGCCUGAGAAUGAACAUAUUGUAACUUGCAAUUAGAAGCCAGUCACAAU